UAAUAUUACUCCUCACAAACCCUAGUUCUCCUUACGAUUUACACUUUAUCAUAUUCUUUUAUUCUCCAGAUUUAGAUCUGAGAAUAGAACAGUAAACAAUGGCAGGAAAAGGAGAGGGUCCGGCGAUAGGUAUAGAUCUCGGAACGACGUACUCCUGCGUCGGCGUGUGGCAGCAUGACCGCGUUGAGAUCAUCGCCAACGACCAGGGAAAUAGAACCACUCCGUCGUAUGUCGGAUUUACAGACUCGGAGAGGCUUAUCGGAGACGCCGCAAAGAAUCAGGUCGCCAUGAACCCCACGAACACAGUUUUCGAUGCUAAGAGGUUGAUUGGAAGGCGAUUUUCUGAUGCUCCCGUUCAAGGUGACAUGAAGAUGUGGCCCUUCAAGGUCAUUCCCGGACCUGGUGAGAAGCCCAUGAUCGUCGUCAACUAUAAGGGUGAAGACAAGCAGUUUGCUGCUGAGGAAAUCUCAUCUAUGGUUUUGAUGAAGAUGAGAGAAAUUGCUGAGGCUUACCUCGGCUCGACCGUGAAGAACGCUGUGGUCACCGUCCCAGCUUACUUCAACGAUUCCCAGCGUCAAGCGACAAAGGAUGCUGGUGUCAUUGCUGGUCUCAACGUGAUGAGAAUCAUCAAUGAGCCCACAGCUGCUGCCAUCGCCUACGGUCUUGACAAGAAGGCCACCAGUGUCGGUGAGAAGAAUGUCUUGAUCUUCGAUCUUGGAGGUGGUACCUUUGAUGUUUCUCUCCUCACAAUUGAGGAGGGUAUUUUUGAGGUGAAGGCAACUGCCGGUGACACUCACUUGGGAGGUGAGGAUUUCGACAACAGGAUGGUCAACCAUUUCGUUCAAGAAUUCAAGAGGAAGAACAAGAAAGACAUCAGCGGCAAUCCCAGGGCUCUUAGACGAUUGAGAACAGCUUGUGAAAGAGCGAAGAGAACCCUCUCUUCUACCGCCCAGACCACCAUCGAGAUCGACUCUUUGUACGAGGGCAUUGACUUCUACUCAACCAUCACCCGUGCCAGAUUUGAGGAGCUUAACAUGGAUCUAUUCAGAAAGUGCAUGGAGCCAGUCGAGAAGUGUUUGAGAGAUGCCAAGAUGGACAAGAGCACCAUCCAUGACGUUGUUCUUGUUGGAGGCUCAACCAGAAUUCCCAAGGUCCAGCAAUUGUUGCAGGACUUCUUCAACGGCAAGGAGCUUUGCAAGAGCAUCAACCCAGACGAGGCUGUUGCCUAUGGUGCCGCUGUUCAGGCCGCCAUUCUAAGCGGUGAGGGUAACGAGAAGGUCCAGGACUUGUUGCUUCUCGAUGUCACUCCCCUCUCCCUUGGUCUUGAAACUGCCGGAGGAGUCAUGACUGUUUUGAUCCCAAGAAACACCACCAUCCCCACCAAGAAGGAGCAGGUCUUCUCUACCUAUUCCGACAACCAGCCCGGUGUCUUGAUCCAGGUCUACGAAGGAGAGAGGACGAGAACCCGUGACAACAACUUGCUCGGCAAGUUCGAACUUUCCGGGAUCCCACCGGCUCCAAGGGGUGUACCUCAGAUUACCGUCUGCUUCGACAUCGACGCAAACGGUAUCUUGAACGUUUCUGCUGAGGACAAGACCACCGGACAGAAGAACAAGAUUACAAUCACAAAUGACAAGGGCAGGCUCUCAAAGGACGAGAUUGAGAAGAUGGUCCAGGAGGCUGAGAAGUACAAGUCCGAGGACGAGGAGCACAAGAAGAAGGUCGAGUCGAAGAAUGCCUUGGAAAACUAUGCUUACAACAUGAGGAACACCAUCAAGGAUGAAAAGAUUGCCUCCAAGCUGCCCGCUGCCGACAAGAAGAAGAUUGAGGAUGCCAUUGAGGCGAGCAUUCAGUGGUUGGAUGCUAACCAGCUGGCAGAGUCGGACGAGUUUGAGGACAAGAUGAAGGAGUUGGAGAGCAUUUGCAAUCCAAUCAUUGCCAAGAUGUACCAGGGUGCUGGUGGUGAGGCUCCCAUGGAUGAUGACGAGGCUGCUCCUUCACAUGGUGGCAGCACUGCUGGUCCCAAGAUCGAAGAGGUCGACUAAAUUCUCUCUCCUAUUGGUGGUUUCCCUCUGUGAGGGUUGAUUUUUUAAGUAUUGGUUUCUUACUUGUUUCUGCUGAACAAUAUUUUUAUUUUUGAUCUUUUAUUUCGGAGAGUGCCAUUUGCUGUGCUCUUCUAAAAAUUCUAUUAGAUUUAAUGUCUUUUCAGUUGAACUGUUGGAUACUUCUUGAUCCCAAUUUUCUGGAAUUAAAUUUUGGUAGUUUCGUAA